CAGCACAAGCCACACACAAAAAUGCUACUUUUCUAACAAUGAUAGUAUAUUUCACUUGUUUCAGCCUCUGGAUGGUUCUGCAUUUCAGGGAUCUUUAGAUCACAGACACAGACACACACACACGUAGUAUUUUUCUGGAGAAAUUAUUUGGAAUUAUGGCCAGGCGAGCAGGAACAAGUUUCAGACAGUUACCCUUGCCUCAUCAUUCAGUAACUGCAGAGAGCUUCAAUCUACCCACUGCCACUUCCUGGAACGCAGCCCUGCAGUCUGGUCUGCCAGUAGUGUCUUAAAAUCGGGAGGCUUUUAAUAUAUAUUAAAAUCACCGAAGAGAGUGUUAUCAAAGGUAAAGCGGAUUUUAGAAAAUACCUUCUGUCUAGGGAACGUGUCCGGGGGUAAAUGUGGUCCCACAGAGGAGAUUCAUAGGAUUAAUUUCUUCGCCCAGAGGAACGGCACGUUCAGCCUGCAUCAUGCAAAAUGCUGGUCGCUGACUACUGUCCGUGGUGCUGAAGGUUUCCAGCUGCUUGACAGAAUGCGCUCCGGAGGAGCAGCUGCCGAGCUCCCGCUUUCCGGGGUGCUGAAUCUUGCCGAAAGUUCCUGCGGUGCUUGAGAUCCACGCAUUGCUCACCGUUUGUUUUGGGGAGAGGCUGUAAAAAGCCACACGGCACGAUGGUGUUGCUGACUGCAUUUCGGUCUGGAUUGGCUCCGAGCUCCAGCAUGCUGUUUCUGUUCCUGGAACUGGAAGCAUAGCACAUUCUCCACCCUUGCGUGCCUUUUUGCAGAUACACAGAGUGUAGUAACCGGGUGGGGGAUUUGGGGUGGAACUGAAGAUCGCAAUCAAGGAUAUACGGAAAUAAAAGAACAAGCUAGCAACCAUGAUCAUGAUUUGGGAGUGUGGUUAUAUACCAGACAGCCUCACCUCUGGACCCUUUUAAUGGUUGGUUGCUUUGAAUUCUGAACACAGGGUUAGAGCUUAACUCUCAUGGUGUAGCUCCUGGGUUGCUUCUGUGAAAUGGGAAGCACGAGCAAGGGAUCUUCCAUUAUUCUUUCUGGGAAAUGUAACAAAGAAGAGUUGUUCUUUCUAAUAUAUUGCUGAGGUGUUAAUCCAUGGUGGCCUGUGACCCUUUCAAGCUUUCACCCUGAGUAGCUCACCACUCUGGCCUCUCCAUGGAAGCACCUGUGUAUAUCUGACAGUAGGACCAUACACAGAAGUUAAGGAGGGGGAUGGCUCUUCAUAUUCAUGAAGCCUGCAUAUUUCUUUUGCUAAUUCCUAGUUUGGUCACACCGGCUGCCUUCAACCAUGAAGACUACCCUGCUGAUGAAGGUGAUCAGAUCUCUAAUAAUGAUAAUAAUCUGAUCUUUGAUGACUAUCGAGGGAAAGGUUGUGUGGAUGACAGUGGUUUUGUAUACAAACUGGGAGAACGGUUUUUCCCAGGGCAUUCCAACUGUCCAUGUGUCUGUACUGAGGAUGGGCCUGUUUGUGACCAACCAGAAUGCCCCAAAAUCCACCCAAAGUGUACUAAAGUUGAACACAAUGGAUGCUGUCCAGAAUGCAAAGAAGUGAAGAACUUUUGUGAAUACCAUGGGAAAAGUUACAAAAUCUUGGAAGAAUUUAAGCCCUCUCCAUGUGAAUGGUGUCGCUGUGAGCCCAGCAAUGAAGUUCACUGUGUCGUAGCAGACUGCGCUGUCCCCGAAUGUGUCAACCCCAUCUAUGAACCAGAACAGUGUUGUCCAGUCUGCAAAAAUGGUCCAAACUGCUUUGCAGGAACCACCAUCAUUCCGGCUGGCAUCGAAGUGAAAGUGGAUGCGUGUAACAUCUGUCACUGUCACAACGGGGACUGGUGGAAGCCUGCUCAGUGUUCCAAACGUGAAUGCCAAGGCAAGCCGACUGCAUAGGGCAAAGUCCCAAGCAACGAGAAGUGCAUAUCCAACGUAACGGCUUCUACACUGCACAUGUUAAAAUCUCCUGCCAGCUGCAACAGGGUCACCAGCAAAAUCUUUUAAGGUUAAACAAAAAUGAAUAUUUUACUAACGGGCAAGUUUUCUCACUCUCUCUAAAAGCAUACCUAUAUAGCUAUCUAACCUACUUUGGCAAGCAGCACAUAUCGAUGGUGUGGGUUAUAAGAAAGCAACAUUCGACAGAGCUUCGUCCUCUGGUGAUACCUCCAACCUACCGACGGGGGCUUAUUUAGCUCUUCCCAUCUGUGACAUCAAUAUCAUUAAUGCUUUUCUGAGUUUCAGCAUUUUCCUCUUUUUCUCGGAGCCAGGGUAGUUGGAACAUGCAAGCUAAACAAGGAUGGGCUGGAAAUGAAUGCACUUUUUGAAAGCAGCCAGAGAGGGGAUGUAGGAAGAAGAAGCAUCUCCAAGAAGAAUAAAAUGGAUGCACAGAUAUACAGUGACCCAGCACCCUAGGAGCCAUCUGUAUAUGUUAUGCUUUCUCCACCACGUGGGGACAAUCAGAUAGAAGAAAUGUACACCAUAAUCACAACAGAUACACCCUAAACUAUCAGGCUAAGGUAUCAGGCAACUGAUGUAAGUGGAUGACCUCUGUGUCCUUGAAAGAGAUUAUGGGGCCCACGAAAGUCAACAUUUGAGGGCAUUCCUCCUCCACACACCCAACUGCCUCCCUACUGCAUUACUGAUUCUUCCCACCCCACUCCUUUUGCUGUAGCCAACACAAGGGAGGGAAAGGAAGAGGGCACUGCCCCCAGCAGUUCCAGCUUUCUGGAUUGGCCCUUCCCUGAGCCUCUACUCAACCACUGGCAGAGGAGGGAGAAGAAGCCCCCUUGAGCUGGUAGAGAAUGGCUCCAGGAAGUACCAGCACCUUUUUGCCCUUCCGCAGGUUCUGAGUAAUCUCAUCUUGAAUGCGGGUAUUGGAGGAAUAACAACAAAAGCCUGUUGGAACAAACCACCAAACACAGGGCUCCCAUUCCUGGAUAAACAUGAUGUUGUUUACAUGUACCUUUUUAAAAAUAACACUUUGGCACAAUUAUAAUCACACUGAAUACACAUGGCCACCUUAAAUUCUUGAUGCAUUGGGCUUCAGUGAGUUUAUCAGGGAUUAAUUUGACCCAAUAAGUCUAGAACCACAGUAAACAGCCCCGGCCUCUAAUCUAAUUUAAUUUAAUUCGAUUAAAUGUCUUUUGCCUCCAGAGUUCAAA